UACAUUUUCACAGUUGAACUGUAACAAUCUUUUUAUUUGAAAAAAUUGCUUUUAAUGAACUUUAUAAUUAUUCGUGUUGCUUAAUACUCAACCUUUUUUUUUUUUUAAUAAAACCUAUAAAAAAUUCAAUAAUACAAAACUCAAUCAGCUAAGUCAUGGAGGACAAAAGGCAGCGGCAUUUACAGCAGCAGCAACAGGAACAAGAACAAGAGCAGCCAUCCGAAGACAUGAAAACAAUAUUAGAGGAAGCUAUUGUUACCACCGUUGGGGUAUCCACAGAUGAUUCUUCUUCAUGUAUGAGCGUGCAAGAGGCCGAAAACGAGUUGGAGAGCAUUGAGACCGCUUUCGAGACGGAUUAUCAAAAGUAUCAAUCGCAAGCGAAAUCUAAACAUCAGCAUAGCCACAAUCAAGCACUUGGACAGUACAGCCCCAAAAAGAGUGUUUCUUUCAAGACUUUGGUUGAUAUUUUCCAAAUGAGCGACGCCUGGCAAUUGCAUGUAAAGAAAAGUAAUUUGAAAACUGAGGAGGAUCAGGCUAAACGUCGAAUUUUACAGCGCAACUACUAAACGAACGAAGUAUUUGCUUUACAGAUCAACGUUUCUGUGAAUUGGUUAAUGUAAUUUUCUUUCGGUGUUAAAAAUUCCAAGUGAACUACUUUUUCUUUUUAUAUUAAUAAAUAUCUUAACUCUUUCCUUGCAAAGUUGGUGUGCAAGAGCGCACGCAUGCGCACUAACGCUAAUUAAGUAAUUUUUAUUUUGUUUUUUAUAUUGUCGAAUAUGUAAAAUAAUAAAAAUUUACUAGUUUCAAUGCGCGGGCAAAAUAAAAUGUGGCAUAAAUGUAGCUAAA